ACCCGGAAGUAGUUCACGUCAUUGCCAACAGUAACGUUUGAUAUAUCAUCUCUGUCAUAUAAUUGAGAAAUUCGUCGAUUUUGACGAAAUAACAUAUUGCAAAUAAGCUUGCAAUAAUAGGAUAAUAUAAGUUUAGUAUCAAAUAAAAUAGUUAAUCUUACCUAAAAUUCCAAAAUGUUUAUCUGGGAUUGGUUUACUGGUGUCUUAGGAUUCUUGGGUCUUUACAAGAAAUCUGGCAAACUUCUAUUUUUGGGCUUGGACAAUGCUGGCAAAACCACAUUGUUGCAUAUGCUGAAAGAUGAUAGAUUAGCUCAACAUGUGCCUACACUACAUCCAACCUCAGAAGAGUUAUCAAUAGGCAGUAUGCGAUUCACGACGUUUGACUUGGGAGGGCAUCAACAGGCGAGGCGCGUGUGGCGGGACUACUUCCCCGCCGUUGACGCCAUUGUCUUUCUCGUUGACGUGUGCGAUCGUCAACGCUUUAAAGAGUCCAAAAAGGAGUUAGACUUGCUGUUAACCGACGAGACCCUCAGCAAUUGUCCCGUACUCAUCCUCGGUAACAAAAUUGACAAACACGGAGCGGCCAGUGAAGACGAGCUGAGACAAUUCUUUAAUCUAUACCAACAGACUACUGGAAAGGGCAAAAUAUCGCGGUCAGAGCUGGCAGGCAGGCCGUUGGAGCUGUUCAUGUGUUCAGUUCUGAAGCGACAGGGCUACGGAGAGGGUUUCCGCUGGUUGGCCCAGUACAUUGACUGAAUACCCUCCUCAUUUAUUCGCUCGCUUUGCCUCUCCGUACCAAGCCUGAACGUCGACAACUGUGGACUGUUGUGUUCAGUUGGAAAGCGAAAUUUAGUUAAAAUUCUUUAACUUAAAAAUUUGCAUUUUAUAACCGUCAUCAAUAGAGAUAUUGAAGUUACCAAACAAUGUUGUGAGUAAAGUGAGAUACUUACCUAGAAAUUCAACAAUAUUCAACUAUGUACAUGGUAUGUGUAAAAUUAAUGAUUAAUUAUACAAUAUUUAAAAUAUUUAACUAAAUUUCGAGCUUUCUGGUUUUCUUUUUUUUUGUUCUAUUUCCUGAUUUAAGUAACACUGAUAACUUUUAGCUAAAUUAUAACUGUUUUCAUUGUCUCAUAUGAGAAGCGAGAUGGAACAAUGCUUGCUGUAUUUGUAAAAAUUAAUAAUAAAACGAAACAGUCUACUGUGUAGAUCUUUGAAUAUACCAAAAUGAAAAAUUGUUUAUUUGUCAGAAAAAGUGUGAAUCAAAAGCUAAAUAGAUAAUGAAGAGCGAGCUAGACUAGUUUGGAGCAGUAUAGGAUGGUCACCAUGAGAAGCUUUAGGUAUAAUAUUGAUCACAGCUCUGUUGGGUUCUGUAGGUGAUAGCCCGUUUCAAUUACUCAAAAGUUAGUCUUUAAAAAUCCCUUUAAAUUGCUAGCGUUAACUUUAAUUAAACUAUUUCAAUAUAACUAUAUAAUAUCAGACACACACAUAAUUACGUAUUCUAAACUCUGUCAUUAAGCAAAUUGCUUUUAUUUCUAGCUACAAUUUUUACUACAGAACCCAUACUUUAUUUAAUCGGGCUUAUUCUUAUAUUAGCACUUAAUUCGUUUAAAUACAUUUUAAAUAAAUGAAUAGGACUUUUGUUCCUGGGUUAACUUCAUUUGGUUUGCAAAACCGUGUAAAGUUUUAAUUUAGGUAAUGGUGCAAUUAUUUGCGUUUGUGUAGUAUUGCGUCGGGUCCAGUCAUACUUUGUGUCUACCCAUUACUUUUAUAUCUAAAAUAUCGUAUUUAUCAUUAUUUCUAUUAGAUUUAUAUAUCUGAUUGUAUGGUUUUUAACUAUGCGAUCAAUGUGACAUUCAAUUUAUUUAUUUCUAUUUUCUGUUUCUCAUUCCAGCUAUCGAGUGAUGAUUUUGAAAAUUAAUGAUAUAUACCAUAGUUCAUUGUGUUAUGUUCUUAAUACGCGAUGUUUAUUUUUGUAAAUUAUUUCAAUCGACUAUAUAUUUACACUCAAUUUUCCUAUAUAUUUGAGAAACGGCUGGUCUAUGUUUUGUUUCUUUUUAACAGUUCAAGUUAUGUUUUACAAGCUUGUAGCACAAGUCUUAACUGCAAUAAAAAUUAUAAUACAAUAUUUAUAAUUACAAUUAAAUCAAAUGUUCUUGCAAAAUUUUUCUCUACGUAAUUAGUUAUUGCCAUCACCAGGAAUGCCUAUGGAUGAGUUCAAACCAUUAGUUGUAAGUAGAUAGCAAUGGAUCUGUUACGUAUUCGCAUGAACGAAUGAAAUGUAUUCCAAAAUUAAAUUACUAAAGGCUUUACUAACUACGACGAGCCGUUUCCAACAGCGUGUUGUCAUCAACAGCUGAUUUUCCAGAUUUACUUAGGAUUGUUCUUCGGUAUAUUAUUUUUGCAUUAUAAUAAGUUCAAAAAUGUUUGUAAUAAAAUUUUUAUCAAACAA